UAUGUUUUAUAGGGUCAGCUGGAAAAGAUCCUACCCGCAAGUGAUUUAAGGAAAUAUAUAGUGAUUAAUUAGCAGCAGAAUGAAAGUGUUCGCGGCGGUAAUUCUUUGCAUGCUGAUUGCCAACGAGGCCAAAGCCCAGUAUUCGAGAUGCCUGAAUCCCAACCAAACCCCGGGACUUUGUGUGCUCAUUAAUGAGUGCCAGACCCUCUACUCCGUGCUGAAGCGGGCCAUCUUGACGGAUCAGGAGAAGAGCUUCAUCAAGUCUUCGGCCUGUGGCAGGGACAGGAACAAUCAGCCCUAUGUCUGCUGCACCCAGGACACGGGCUAUGUGAGGAGCCAACGCCAGGAUGUCAACUUUCCGGACUACGAUGGAUUUGGCGGCGACUGGGAGGAGGAGCGGCCACAGAGUUUCGCUUUUUCCCGGCAAGAAAGACGUCCCUGGAGCUUUGGCAACCAGCCAGCCACCAGCAGAGCACCAGUUCCAAAAUCGUCGACUGGCGAUGGCUCCACUCUACUGCCUCAGCCGCCCUCCUGCGGGGGCGUGGCUAUCAGGAACAGGAUUUACGAUGGCCAGGACACCGAUCUGAACGAGUUUCCCUGGAUGGUGCUGCUGGAGUACCGCAGACGAACUGGAAAUGGUCUGUCCACCGCCUGUGCAGGAUCCCUCAUCAAUCAGCGAUAUGUCCUCACAGCGGCCCAUUGUUUGACUGGCAGGAUCGAGCGGGAAGUUGGAACACUUGUCUCGGUGAGACUGGGCGAGCAUGACACUCGCACCGCGGUGGACUGCCCCCCAGGUGGAGGAAGUUGCUCGCCGGAGGUGCAGCGUUUGGGCUUCGAGGAGAUCCGGGUUCACGAACGAUACAGUGAAAAGUCCUCCAAUCAGGUGCACGACAUUGGUCUCAUUCGCUUGGAGCGCAACGUCCGCUACUCGGACAACAUCCAACCUAUUUGCCUGCCCUCGUCUGUGGGCCCGGAGCCGCGGCAAUCCGGCCAGCAGUUCACCGUAGCCGGCUGGGGCCGCACUCUGAAGAUGAGCCGCAGUGCCGUCAAGCAAAAGGUGACGGUCAACUACGUGGAUCCCGCCAAGUGCCGCCAGAGAUUCGCCCAGAUCAAGGUGCCCGUGGAGGCCACCCAACUCUGUGCCGGCGGACAAUUCCGGCAGGACAGCUGCGAUGGCGACUCCGGCGGACCGCUGAUGCGAUUCCGCGACGAGUCCUGGGUGCUCGAGGGCAUCGUGUCCUUUGGCUACAAGUGCGGCCUGAAGGAUUGGCCCGGUGUCUACACGAAUGUGGCUGCCUAUGACAUCUGGAUCAGGCAGAAUAUACUGUUACCUAUGCUCGGUUGGGUCCUGCGACUAUGGCUACUCUUCGGCUGUUUCAACCGCUUCCUGGCUCUGGCCGAGAUCCUGCAGGAGUGCGAUAUACCCAACGAGACGAAGAGGGGAGUCUGCCUGGAGGUGAGCAGGUGCAAGGCGUACCUUCAGGUGCGAAAUGCCACCAACUUGCCGGCGGAGAAGGUUAACUUCCUGAAGAAGGUGCAGUGCGAGGUCUCAGAGGCAGAGGGUUCCUACGAAUCCCUGGUUUGCUGCCCGGCGAAUGGCCAGGAUUACCUCUUUCCCGUGCUGCAAUUCUCCAAGUUCGAGUACCGAAGAUUUCUGGAUGUCACCGCCCGAUUCAAGCGCAAGAAGCUCAAGCGACGGAUUCAAACAGUGGAACCAAGUUCCGGAUUCAAUUUACUCAAUGAGUGCGGCAAACAAGUGACUAAUAGAAUUUACGGAGGCGAAAUCGCCGAGCUGGAUGAGUUUCCUUGGCUGGCCCUGCUUGUUUACAACUCGAAUGAGUACGGCUGCAGUGGAGCUCUCAUAGACGAUCGCCAUAUCCUAACAGCUGCCCACUGCGUUCAAGGCGAAGGAGUUCGUGAUCGCCAGGGACUAAAGCAUGUGCGUUUGGGCGAGUUCAACGUGAAAACGGAGCCCGACUGCAUCGAGGAGCCGAAUUAUCUGAGCUGCGCGGACGCCGCCUUGGAUAUUGCCUACGAGAAGAUCCAUGUGCAUCCGGAGUACAAGGAGUUCUCCAACUACAAGUACAAUGACAUCGCCAUUAUCCGGCUGAAGCAUCCCGUAUCCUUCACCCAUUUCGUCAUGCCCAUCUGUUUGCCCAACAAAUCCGAGCCGCUGACUUUGGCCGAGGGCCAGAUGUUCUCCGUUUCCGGCUGGGGUCGCACGGACUUAUUCAACAAGUACUUCAUCAACAUCCACAGCCCCAUAAAGCUGAAGCUGCGCAUCCCGUACGUCUCCAACGAGAACUGCACCAAGAUCCUGGAGGGAUUCGGAGUGCGACUGGGCUCCAAGCAAAUCUGUGCCGGCGGCGAGUUCGCCAAGGACACGUGUGCCGGCGACUCCGGAGGACCACUGAUGUACUUCGAUCGCCAGCACUCGAGGUGGGUGGCCUACGGAGUGGUCAGCUACGGGUUCACCCAGUGUGGGAUGGCCGGGAAGCCGGCUGUUUAUACUAACGUGGCCGAAUACGCCGACUGGAUCGACAGUGUUGUGCAGCAGCGGAAGAAAAAGAGCCAACAGACGCAGGCCGAAAUGCCUUGACGUCAGAUUUCUUUGCAUUUGGGUGAGGAACAAUGGGCGCCUAAUUGAAGUGGGCGGGAUUCGGAUUCAGAUCUGUUUACCUCUAUCAUACUUACCGUAUUUGUACAUAUUUUGCUAAUUAUCUAACAGCCAUCAACUAUUUGGUUAAGCGUGUGAGUGAAUGAGUGCGGAAUGUGAGUGCCUGUGCGAGCUAACAAAAGUCUGAAAAACAUGUUUCUAUUUAAAUAAACUACUGAAUAUUUACCCCGUCUGUGGAGUUUAAUUGAAACGAGCUGCUGACUCAGCCGGGAAAAUGCCACUUUAUACUACCGGGAAAAAGUCAUCCGAAAAGGUUUUUCAAAUUAAUGUACCAGGUCAAAUUUGUUGUGUA